GAAGAUGAUGAAGAAAAGCAUCAUCUAAAUACCUCUAAAUUCACUUUCUUUUUCAUCUUCCUCUCUCUCUCUCUCUCCCUCUCAUCUUCAAGUUUUGUCUUCAUCUUCUCUCUUCUCUUCCUUUCUCCACCUUACUUACUCUUUCCACUCUCAUGUUUCCCUCUUUUUUUCCUCUUCUUCUUCUCCCUCAUCAUCAUCAUCAUCUUUGUUUUCUCUUUCUUUCUCUCUUUCUCUGCUCAUCCAUUUGAAACAGCGCAUUGGAAUAGCAAAGUUGCUUAGUUGAACAAAAUCCGUUCAAGUUACAAGUUGAUGAAGAUGAUGAUCUUUAUUGGUUAUAACCGUUGUAAUAGUUUCUAAUCUAAUCCCCCUGUUGUUGGAUUACAGUUCAAUCCAUGAAAAUUUGAAUCGAGAGAUGAGAAAAUCUUAAUGAUUAUCAAAUUGGAAUAAUCUUAGAGAAUAAGAUUAUCUUGAUUAACUCAUUCACUGAUUUCUAACGAGUUUCAUAAUUGUGACUCAUUUUUGUUUUUGUUUUUUUUAAUUCUCUUUCUCAAGUGACAAUUUUCAUUGUAAAAUUGAUUUACAAUUAUGAUCACUUUGGGAAAACGAAACUAAUUUAUCGACCCAAACGAAAAGAAAUAUAAAGAUAAUUACGAGAGAUGAAGUUAAAUUGAUCGUGACAAUGACCAUGGAUAAGGUUUAUCAUCAGAAUCGUUCAUCGGGCUUUACAUCAACAGUAACGUUGAAUAGGCCAAAUAACACCAAUGGUCUUAAUGGAAGUGUCAAUUGUCUUGUCUCUCGAUUACCUCAGAGACGAGAAUCGAAAAUUCCAGGUCCAAAUAAUCAAUCGAACUCACCGGGAAUCGGAUGUAAUUUCAAUGGAAUAUCAUCAUCAUCCUCAUCACCUUCAUCUUAUCAUCCAUCAACGACAACGACAACUUGCUCUUCCAAUUUUACUCCAACAAUUGGUCCUUCGAAAAAGUUUCUCAAUCCACCAAAUAAAUUAUUAUCCACUCAAGGAACGGGUUUAUCAUUGAAUCGAAAUGAUUCAAGUUUAAGAUCAGUUUCGCCGACGACUGUGUAUAAAUGUAAAUCUACUCAAUCUCAUUUAAUUGUGCCUUCACCAUCAGUGACAACAACUGGAUCAACAACAGUAUCUUCAUUACAUUCACCAUCAAUGUGUAAUACUAAUUCAUCUGUUCAGAGUAAUCAAAAUAAUAGUAAUUGUAAUGAUGCUAAUCGAGGUAUCAGACCACCUCGAUUAACUUCAAUGACAUCGAAUAUGUUACCUGUCAAUGGAUCACCAACCCCAACAGGUAAAUCUCUUGUUACAGUUAAUCGAUCUCAAAUAACUAGACACUCAAUGGUCAAUAAUGGGUUCGCAACGGUCGGUAGAUCAGGAUCAUCGCUGAUACAAAAUCAUCAUCGAUCUUUAACUUUGAGAGAGGUAAAAGAAGAUGAAGCUCCCCGUCGAUCUAAAACUCCCUCUUGUUCAGGUCCAGUUCGAGGUGUUCCUAACAUGAAUGGUAAUAACAAUAAUAGCCCAAGACCAACCGCUGGUAACUUGACCUCGACUCUUAAUGCAAAUCGAAGUGACUCAACGCCAAGUCUUACCGAAAAUGAAUCAGGACCCGAAAGAAAAACUAUUAUCGGGAAUAAUAAAAAUCUCACUCGAACCAAUUUAACUAAAGGUCUUGUGGGAGGUGCUCACGGCAUUCCUUUACCGAAAUCCAGGCCAAACUCUGUGUGUCUUGAUAACUCACCAGUCGCUGGAUCAACGGUAAUAACAUCAUCGUCAUCAACAGCAACGGUUUCUCAUAAAACGCCUUCAAUGUCUAGUGUUAACGGUGCUAGUUUAUCGAAAGGUAUUAAUAAAAGUGGCCUAAGGCCACUUUCAUCAUCAGGAAUUCCAAAGACAGGAUUGUCUGGUCAUCGAAGUUCAAUUUUAAGUUCAAAGAUGAAUGAAGAAUCUCCUAAAAGUGAAAAUAUCGUUGAAAGAGGUCGACGGCCAACCGUUGAAUCUCAUCUUGUACCAACUCGAUCGGAGCCCAAUGUUGCUAGAGUUUCACCUAUUCGUCGUUCAAUAGGUCAAAAUGUCAAUGGUGACAAUGGAUCCGGUCGAUCGGGUAUUGGCCCAAAAGAAGAAGAGAGUAACCAUCAUCAUCCUCAUCUUCAACAACCCAAACAACAUCCUCAAUAUGAUGACAAGAUGGAUGAUGAAGUUAACUACAGUUCAUCUGGAUUAACUGGAUGCUCUGUUUCAUCAUCAACUGUUCCCUCAUCAUCAUCUAGUUCAAAUGUCACUUCCAGUGUAAUGGUGCCAACAUCAGCCUACCCUCCAACACCAUUAUCACCAAUAUCUUCAUCUCUGUCAUCUUUAUCAUCUGUAUCAUCACCAUCAACAUCAAUAAUAACCUCAUCUUCCUCAACAGCAACAGUAACAACACCAACCUCAUUUAAUUCAAAGUUAAUCCAUCAAUUGCCUCUGGGCUUAUCUUCCGCUAGCCGAGCCUCAGAGCCAAUGUUACCUAAUUUAUCGUCACCAUCAUCUAAUCAACAAAAUUCAUCACUAAAAUCAGUUGUUGAAGAAAAUCAACCAAUCAAAGCGAGAUCAACAUUAUCAUUAUCAUCGCACGUUAAUCAACUUGACGAGUCUAAAGAUGAUUAUCCAACAAUUAAGAAAAUUGAUUUAUCGGCUAAUGUUUUAUCUUUCUUGGAAUCAACCAGAUCAAUUAGUAGCAGUUGCGAUCUCAUCAAUUCCAAUUGUACCGUUAAUGGUGAGAAUCGAUCUCUAAAUUCAACUUUACCACAACAAUCAAAAAUUAAUUUCAGUUCAAAUUCAUCAGAAUCUAGUCCGAUCCAUUCAAAUGGUUACAUGUCACCAGUUCUUGAAGAUGAAUCAAGUCCAACUCCUAGUAGACAAUCAAUUGAUUCACCAAUCGAAUCACCUUUUAAUCAAACAAUUAUCGACCGAACCAAAUCCUUUUCCUUAAAUCAUAACUCACAAUCAAUUAAUGGUAACAGUUCCAGUCUAAGUAAUUUUCAUGAUUCAAAUUUUAAUGAGAAAAUUGAAUCAACAAUUAACAACAACAAUUCACUUGCUAAUCUAAAUUCAACCAUUUCAGUGCCUUCAACGAACAACAAUUUACUAAAUAAAAUCAAUCGUUGCAUAAAAUGUACUUUACCAAGUGAAGCUGAAUUAGGUUUUAAAACUGAUUUAAGAUUAACAUCUAAUCAUAAAGACAAUGGAUUAACUGGUGGUUGUGGAUCAAUUAUCGAGUUAACUUCAUAUGGAGCAAAUGGUUGUGGUAAUUUAAUCUCACCAACAACACCACCUCCUCUCUCAGCUAAUCUUCAAUCCAGUUCAUCGCCACAAUUACCUCCACCUCCAUUACUUUUACAAUCAAAUGGAUUAGCAUCGAACUCAUUAACUAAUCAGAUCAAAAGAUUAUCCAAAAACGGUGAACUUCGAGGGUCAACAAUAUCACUUCUCUCUGGUUCCUCUUCUUUCUCCGCGACCGAGGAGAGGCAUAACCAAGAGGUGAAAAAGCUUCGAGAUGAUCUGAAUCGAGCCAAUAACAAAGUGGAAACAUUGACUCAACAACUUAAGAAUAGUAAUGAUAUGACUCAAACUUUCGGUAAAAUUUUGGAAACACUUCGAUCUCGCCUUUAUCAAUGUUCACUGGCUACCGAUCAGAAAGAUCGGGAAAUUGGUCGGCUCAAGACAACGAUUGAGGUUCUAAGACGUGAGUGUGCUAAUGGAGACCUGAAUGGAGUGGGAGGUAAAGGUAAUCCGUCUUGUUAUGGUUCCAGUUCCGAUAUUGAAUGUAGACGUGAUAAGAAUAAGAAAAGGUCUAAUAAAGAGCCACGAUCACCUUCAUGCGAUCGUGAUACCAUUAAUUCAGGAGAUUCAUCGGGUCCAUCUGGUUGGUUCAAAGGAUCAAUUCAAAGAGCAUUUAAAAAGAAUCGAUCUCGAAACAAAUCGGGAGGUUCGAUGUCGGAUGUUGAGGCAACAAUUAACACCAAAUUAAACCAUGGAUCUGAUUCAUCAUCAUCCUUACCAUCAACUCCGUUAGCAUUGAACAACAAGUUUAACAAUAAGACUGACCCAUUUGUUGAACUUAAUUUAAUUAACAAUACAAAUGGUACAACAAAUCAUAUUAACACGAAUGGAUCAGCAGAUUUGAUUAUCAAAGAUGAAGAUGGAUUGAUUAAAGAUUUAAAGAAACAAUUGCGAGAUAAAGAGAAACAAUUAAAUGAUAUUCGAUUGGAGGUUUUGUUAACGGCCUCACAAAUGGAAUCUCUCAACGAUCGAAUCAGUAAAAUGAGUAAAGAAAUGUCUCAACUUCGAAGUGAAAAUCAUCGAUUACAAUGUUUACUUCUAAGACAAUCAUCGAUUGGAUAACAAUUAACGAUAUCCAAAGAAAUAAUUGAUUUCGAAUGUCCAAAUAAGUCAACCUGUAAAAAUUGAAAACACAAUUAAAUUUAAUGAUUGAAAUUCAAA